AAAAAAAAAAGAUGGCUGUUGAGAGCUGAAGCUCAUUGGUCCCCUCCUGCUCACUGCGCACGUGGGACUUCUCGUUGAGACUUGAGACCCAAACCAUACGCCGGCCUGUGGGCCUGCUUACGGUGGAGAUUCCGUGGUCGAGACGUACUCCACGCAUCGGGCCGGGGACACGAGAAAAUGGAGACCAACGUAGAAAAACUGCCACACAAAAAGCGGGAAACUUCGAAUUAGGAGACUAUUGGCUCACGCGCCAGACCGGUGUUCCCUUUUUUUUUUUUAAUUCAUAUUAUUUAUUACUGGUAUAUCAACCAUAUGUAUCCCAAAAUACUAUCCUUUUUUAGGGUUCAAAAUUAGCAGCCAGCAGCCAUGGAAGAGGUCAGGGCCAGCGCUGCUUGGGUGGCUAGCUGUUCCUCUCACGUUGUCGUCGACUCUGCAGGGAUUGAGAGAGCGGUGGAGAAUAUUCAGGAAAUUCCGAGAAUAGAGUGGGAUUUUGAAGGGAUUCAUUACUUCGAUAACGGACCGCUAACUGUUCAGUAUUUGUUUGUUUUGGAUACGUUGAAUUUUUGCUUCUGGCCUGAUAAGGAUUUAAGCUAUGAUCAUUUGGCAUCAGGCCUAAAGGCAGCUUUGGAAAAUGACAAAUCUGUGUUUGAUGCUGAUCGUCUGCAGAAGUUCACAGGUCCUCAAUUACGUGAUUUGUUAAAAUGGCCCAGGCCACUUCCUUUGGAGGAUGAGCGGAUUCGUUUACUCCAUGAGGUUGGUUUUGAGCUGAAAAGAAGUUUUGGAGGUAAAGCAUCCAAUCUUGUGGAGACCUGUGGGAAAUCAGCUGCAAAGCUUGUUGCUACUGUAACCAGUCUCUUUCCUGGCUUUCGAGAUCACUCAGUAUACAAGGGCCACCAAGUAUUCUUGUAUAAAAGAGCUCAGAUAUUUGCAGCUGAUCUAUUUGGUGCAUUCAAGGGCCGAGGAUAUGGAGAAUUCACGGACAUUGGCUCAAUUACUAUAUUUGCGGACUAUAUUGUUCCUGCUGUGCUUCAGCAACUUGGUGUGCUAAAAUAUAGUUCAACCCUUGUCAGAAUGAUCGAGUCUGAUAAUGAAAUACUUUCAGGCAGUGAGGAGGAAGUUGAAUUACGAGCAUGCUCCAUAUAUGCUGUGGAGAAAAUGAGGGACUUGCUUCGUGUAAAAUCAGGAAAGCAGGUGCUGAGUAUUGAAUUGGACCUUUGGCUCUGGGCUUUUGGCGUGCGGUGCCCAUCUCUUCGACACCAUCGGACACUCUCAAUAUAUUAUUGAGUUGACAAUAUUCUGAAGUAGCCUUUUCUAAUGAAAAAAAUUUUGCCUUCACAGUUUAAAGGUAGUUUCGUCAGACAAAUAGGACGACUAAUGUAUGACAUCCUUUUGUUUUCAAUCUCUUGCUGAAUAGCCAGAGGUGUUUUUGGAUACUUGCUGUACUUUUAACCUACUCCACCUUUGAGUGAUAUAUUUGAAUGAGAAAAAAAAAAAAAAAGAAAGAUAAGAAUGUUUUCACUAUUGUAAAAUUCAUCGCCCAGGAGAGAACUGUCUUGAGUGGACAUUAAUCUCAUUGCUGUUUGUAUACAUGUGAAAUUUAUUGGUUCUGCAACUUUGACUGUGUUUCA